GAGAGAGAGAGAGAGAGAGAGAGAGAGAGAGAGAAAGAGAAAAGCUAAAAUGGGUUUGCUGGGUUCUAAAAAUCCCCAAACCAAACAAGCCCAAAUUCUUCUUUUGGGACUUGACUCAGCUGGGAAGUCUACUCUCCUUUAUAAAUUAAAGCUUGCUAAGGAUAUUAUCACCAUCCCUACAAUAGGUUUCAAUGUGGAGAUGAUCGAGUUGGAAAGGAGCCUUUCGCUCACAGUCUGGGAUGUUGGAGGACAGGAGAAAAUGAGAACUGUUUGGGGCUGUUACUGUGAGAACACUGAUGGGUUGGUGUAUGUUGUGGACAGCACAGACAAACAGCGACUGGAAGAGUCUCGGAGACAGUUUGAGCACAUUUUGAAGAAUGAACACAUUAAAAAUGUGCCUGUUGUUCUAUUAGCCAACAAACAAGACAUGCCUGGAGCUCUGACUGCUGAGGACAUCACCAGAAUGUUCAAAGUGAAGAAGCUUUGCAGUGACCGGAACUGGUAUGUGCAACCCUGCUGUGCCCUCACAGGUGACGGGCUGGCCCAGGGGUUCAGGAAAUUAACUGGAUUUGUGAAGAGCCACAUGAAAUCAAGAGGAGACACUUUGGCAUUCUUCAAGCAGAACUGAGACUGAAAAAUCCAAGUCUCAACAGAGACACUGAUGAAGUUGAAAGGGUAAUUGUUUUUCUAUGCCAAAUGAAGAAAUCAAAUUAUUGAGAUGACAAACUUUUCCUGAGAUGUUAUUUCAUUUACAUUUAGUUAAACAACUUAGAAUGAUAUCUAGAAAAUAUUUAUUUUUCAGCCAGAAACUUUAGCAAACUAUGGCAAUGCUCACUGGGAAUGAAAAUGUAUAAUGUUCUACAAAUUUUUAUCACAUUGGAUGACUUUGAAUAUAGUAGUCACAUUUGGGACCAAAUAAAUUACUACAUUAUUAAUUGUAUAUGACUACUAGAACAAAGUUUUAGUAAGCUAUCUGCUAAUAGAGUCAGAAUUCUUCCAGAUUGUUUCCAGCUGUAACAGGUAUUGAAUUUCCACCAUGCUCCUAUGUAAUAGCUGGGUGGUGUAAAAAACGAACUUCAAAUUGUGGAGUGGAAAAAGUAUAAUGUUAACAUCUUGUAAAUUCAUGUUCCCUAAAUAAAGCUUUCUUAUUUCCUAAAUAAAGCUUUUCUUCUGGAUUCCUGCCAGCUUUUUUGAAAUCUAUUGCUGGGAACUUCCUCCAGUGAAUCUUAAACAAUGAACUUCAGGCUGCUAAUUACUCAGAGG